GGAACACUCAUUCAUUGCUUGCCAAGAUGUCUAACUCGGGAUACACUUUGAUUUACGAACCCGACACGGCGGGGAAGAAGUCUGUCAAUGAGUUGAAGUCUCUAUUGGAGAAGUCAAAAGACGACAUCAAAAUCUCAGCCAUGAAGCAGAUCAUUGUCUCCGUUCUAAACGGAGACUCCAUGCCAGAGUUGUUGAUGCAUAUCAUCCGCUUUGUUAUGCCUUCUAAAAAUAAGGAAUUGAAAAAAUUGUUGUAUUUUUAUUGGGAGGUAUGCCCAAAGCAUGAUGAAGAAGGUAAAAUGAGACACGAGAUGAUUCUUGUUUGUAACGCAAUUCAGCACGAUUUGCAGCACCCGAACGAAUAUAUUCGGGGUAACACUUUGAGAUUUUUGUGCAAAUUGAAAGAACCCGAGCUUUUGGAGACAUUAGUGCCCAACGUGCGCCAGUGUUUGCUUCAUCGUCACGCAUAUGUGAGAAAAAAUGCAGUAUUUGCCCUUUAUUCGAUCUACAAGGUCUCAGAUCAUUUGAUUCCAGACGCCCCAGCUUUGAUUUCUGGGUUUUUAACCGAAGAAUUUGACUCUGUCUGCAAGAGAAACGCAUUUGUCUGUUUAGGUGAAUUAGACAGAAGUGCGGCUUUGCAAUUCAUGCAAGACGAUGUUUACUCCAUUGAGAAUUUAGACCCUAUUUUGCAGUUGGCAUUCGUGGAAUUUAUCAGAAAAGAUGCGAAUUCCUCGUCAAGCUCGAAACUGCAAUAUGCCAUCCUCAUUGGCGCUAUUCUUGAAACUUCGUCAGAUGUAGUUGUUUACGAGGCAGCGAUUACUUUGACUGUGUUGUCUACCUCAUCGCAGUCCAUAGUGUUGGCUGGCUCAAAGUUCGUUGAGUUAGCCACCAAAGAAACCGACAACAAUGUCAAAAUCAUAACGUUGGAGCGCAUCAACGAGUUAAACAAAAAACACCCUGGUCUUUUGCAUGGAUUGUCUUUGGACAUUUUAGGCGUUUUAUCCACUCAAGACAUCACCGUUCGCCGUAAAGCGCUUGAGGUCACUCUCCUGUUAAUCAGCAGCAGAAAUGUUGAGGAUGUUGUCAAAUUGUUGAAAAAUGAGUUGCACAGGUCAUCUUCAUCCACAGAUGACAAAAGCUCUGAAUACAGACAGCUAUUGGUCAACGCAAUUCAUCAACUUGCUAUUAACUUCGGUGAGGUAGCCACAAAUGUGAUUGAUUUAUUGUUGGAGUCAAUGGGUGAUCUUUCGACCAGUGCAGCAUCUGACGUGAUAACAUUCGUCAAGGAGGUGGUCGAAAAAUUCCCGAACUCAAAAGGUAUGAUCAUAAAAAAGUUGGUAACAAGUAUGACAGGUGUGAAAUCUGGAAAGGUUUACCGUGGUGCGCUUUGGAUUUUGGGUGAAUAUUCCGAAGAUGAACCAUCGAUAAAAGAAUCGUGGAAAUUUUUAAGAUCUAGUAUCGGUGAAGUACCUAUCUUUGCUGAUGAAGAAAAACAUGGCGAUGAUGUGAAAGAAUCAAGUGACCCUGCAGAACAUGCUUCUGCGGGAAAUACUAGGAAAGGGCCCAUCAUUUUACCGGAUGGGACUUAUGCAACAGAAAACGCUUUGACAACAGCACACGCAUCUUCUGACAAUGAAGAUGAGUUUCCUAUUAGAAAGCUUGUAUUGACUGGCGAUUUUUACUUGGCUUCAGUGCUUUCUUCGACAUUUGUGAAACUAGUCUUGAGGUUGGAGCGUCUUCAAACCACUGAAAAACACUUAAAUGCAUUGAAAGCAGAGGCCUUGUUGAUCAUGGUCUCUAUUUUGAGAUUCGGGGAGUCUGCGUUUACGCCUAAGAAAAUUGAUGAAGACUCUGCCGACCGGAUACUCGCUUGUGUCAAGUUUUUGACUGAUGCGGAGGACACCGACAUAAUUUCAAAAGGCUUUUUGGAUGACACCAAAGACGCAUUCAAAUCCCAAAUUAGAGGCGAACAAGAAAUUAAGUCUAAGGAACAAGCGAGGGACUUUCAUAGUAAAGCUGCCCGGGUCGACGACGCUAUCACCUUCAGACAGUUUGAAAAAUAUGAUGGCUCCAAGAUUGCUGAUGAUGAGGAAUCGUUGGCUCUUACUGGAGCUGUAAAAAGCGAGAAUUUGAUCUCCAAACUCAACAAGAUUUUGCAGUUAACUGGGUUUUCUGAUCCGAUAUAUGCCGAGGCUUUCGUAAAGGUACACCAAUUUGAUGUCACCUUGGAUGUGUUAUUGGUGAAUCAAACGACAACAACCAUGCGCAAUUUGUCUGUGGAGUUUGCUACUUUAGGUGAUCUUAAGGUGGUUGAUAAACCCUCGUCGGUGAACAUAGGGCCACAUGGCUUCCAUAAAGUUUCAGUGACCGUUAAAGUGACUUCUGCAGAUACUGGUGUUAUAUUCGGGAAUAUUGUUUACGACGGAAGACACUCUGAUGAAUCGACAAUUGUCAUACUCAAUGAUGUUCAUGUCGAUAUUAUGGAUUACAUCAAACCAGCCACAUGCUCCGAGAGUGUAUUUCGCAAAAUGUGGAAUGAGUUUGAAUGGGAAAACAAGAUAACGAUUAAAUCUCAGAUGAGCUCUCUUAAAGAUUAUUUGGAAGAAUUAAUAGCAGGUACAAAUAUGACCUGCCUAACGCCUGGUGCCAUCGCUGGUGAGGAGUGUCACUUUUUAGCUGCCAACUUAUAUUCUCGCUCAUCCUUUGGAGAAGAUGCUUUAGCAAAUUUGUGCAUUGAGAAACAAAUUGAUGGUCCUAUUAUUGGGCACGUCAGAAUCAGAUCUAAAGGUCAAGGAUUGGCUUUAUCAUUAGGCGAUCGUGUUGCGUCAAUAUCACGCAAAACAAAGGUUGACGAAGUAACCAGUGUUUAAAAAAAGAAUAGUAUUUAGGUCUUGUUAAUUUUGUAUGGACAUUAAUGUUUUCGAUGAAACAAUUUAGUAAAU